AUGCGAAAUUUCCCGAAGAGCUGGGUAGCAGAAGGUGCACGUGAAGGACUUCCAGCCAAAGUGCACAAGCUCCUGUCCCGCUUUGGAACACUUCAAGGGGAGCCUGAGAUCUUCGAUGGUGGUUUCGACGUGUCUGCCGUAACUGCCAUUGCCUGCUUCGAGACACUUGAAGCCGCUCAGGCCGCUGUGCAGACCCUGUGUGGCGCAGAUAUGCGCACUAACCCGGAGAAGAAGGCCGCUGGCAACAAGCCGCCGCUGGACUCCGAGCGGUUCUGGGCACAGCUUAAGGCAGCCCCUGUGCCAGCACCUCAAGCAGCAGCAGCCGCAGCCCCAGCACAGGCUCGCACUUCUCCGCCUGCAGCUGUCGCUGCGUCUCCCCCUCCAACCACCCAGACAGCACCAGACGUUACCCGCACCAAGCGGCGUCCUGCACCACCACCGCCUCAUGGAGAUGCGGAGGAGUCCUACAUUCUUGUGCGCGGCUUUCCCGCAAGCUGGAAAGAGCCGCAGGUCAAGUACCUCUUUGUGGUUUUUGGUGGGACUUCUUCUGUCAUAUUCGUCCCCGAUCCGGACUUUGGACGAGCAGCACACGUGAUGUUGAAGGAUGCGGCAGCGCUUGAAAGGGCUGCUACCUCCCUCAAUGAGACCGACGUCGGAGAUGGUGACAUGAUAGAAGAGUGUCACAUCCUUUGCUCGCAUGUCCUCGGCAGGCAAGAACAGCAGCGCCUCGGUGAACAGGAGCAGCGACAGCGAAAAGCAGAGGCCAAAGCAGCAGAAAAAGAGAAGAGGCGGGAGGAGAAGGAACGUCGACGCCGUGAGAAGGAGGAGAAGAAGCGCAGGCAGGCGGCCGAGCGGGAGAGGAUACACGAGGAGGAGGAGAGACGAAGACAGGAAGCAGCCGAGGCAGAGCGCCAGAGGCGAGAGGCUGAGGAGGCCGAGGAGGAGGCACGGCUAAAGAAGCAGGUCGAGGAGGAGGAGGAGCAGCUUAGGAGAGAGGCAGAGGAGGAAGAAGAGCGCUUGCGUCAGGAGGCUGAGGAAGAGGAGGAGCGUCUCCGCAAGGAGCGUGAGGAGAUGGAGGAGCUUCAGCGUCAGGAGGAGGAGGAGCUCCAGCGGCUGAGGCUGGAAGCCGAGGAAGUGCAGCGCCGACGGCGAGCUGCGGAGGAGGCACAUUGGAGUGUAAAGACAACACACAAUGCAGAGGUUCCUGCGUAUUGUGCAUGUGCUGGCUUGACCUGCAGUGCUAGGCGGAGCAGCGUAUGCGGCAGGAGGAAGAGCAAAGACGAAGAGAGGCCGGACUUCUGUUUUGCAAUAAAGCAGGGUGAAUGUGUCAAUGACUGUGACGGAGUCACACUCCUGCAGGCUAUCAUUCCUGAUUCCUGCUUGAUCCGUCAAAUCAAGUCACAGGUGGAGGAGGAGGAGGAGAGGCUUCGAAGAGAAGCUGAAGAAGAGGAAGAACGUCUGAGAUACGAGGCUGAAGAAGAGGAAAGGUUGAGAAGGGAGGCUGAGGAAGAAGAGGAGCGCCUGCGACAGGAAGCUUUUGAAGAAGAGGAGCGGAUUUUUAGUUUCCGGUGCAAUGCAACGAGGGCAGAUACACUCUUGGUGUUCAGUCUCUUGGAGCUUGGUGGAAGCUUGCAAGGAGCGCCGUGCUGCAGCUGA